CCGAUUAUUUCCUGUGCUUUUCUCCGAAGCUGCAGUCAGGUCUCCCUGCGCCUCUUCCUCCUCCUGCAGGAUGUUUGUGGGCGGAGGCCCGAGGAAGAGGAGGAGGAAGAGGAGGCUCCAGCCUUCCUCCAGGCCCGCUCCCACAACUCUUCAAGCAAACUUUCCUCCAAUGUUUCCGUGAAACAACAGAAGACAAAAAAAAAAAAAAAAACUGCGAGGCUUCGCGUGGCGCGGGAGCAAAAACACGCAGCGGGUCCCCGCGGGGCUGCGGGGCCCGCGGAGGGACGGCGGCAUGUCGAGGAGAUCCGCAGCCGCCUGGAUGUGACUGCGAGGAGGAUGGAGGGAGAAACAGAGCCAGCAGAGGAGGAGAAGGAGAGGGAUUCUAAUCACAUCCCAGUGGAACACCAGGAGUUUCCCAUCAUGCACUGGGAGGAGCUGAGCCAGCGGAUCGCUGAGCUGGAGAAGCAGGAGCAGGAGAGGAGGGAGAAGAGGAGGACGGGUCUGCGGACGGAGAAUGUCUGGGAGGAAGAGGAGGACGACAUCAGGAGGGGACGAGUCACUGUCUCCACGUCACGACUGAACCACAGGAACCUGCAGCUCUGCUUCAUCAAUAACAGUGACAGUGAGGAUGAUGAUGAGGAGGAAGGAGCUGACAGGAAGGUUCCCAUGGGAGCAGGACACAAUGGUUGCCAUGGCAGCGGGUUGAAACAGGAAGUGGCAGCAGCUCUGAGAGCGCUGAGAGACAAUCUGCUGGCUGAGCAGAGGCAGCAGGAGAGCCAGGCCAGCUGCAGUGGUGUCGCCCAGCGGAAACAUCUGGAACGCAAAGAGCUGAAGGAUCUGAGCGAGACGCAGCUGAUCGGCCUGCGGGGGGCGCUGCAGCAGGAGAUCCACGCGCUGAGCGCAGAGCUGGUGGCCCAACUGCUGGUCCGGGACCAGCUGAGGACCAAGCAGGACGCCAUGCUGCUGGACGUCCAGGACCUGACGUGACUCCAGAACCAGAACCGGGCCGAGCUGCUGUCGGGUCGGGAUGCCGCUCUCCGUCCAGGGGGAAACCAACGGACAGAGGUCCAACAGAACCACCCGGAAGGCCUGGACGGAACCAGAACUGGGUUAUAACGGACCUCCGGUUCUGUUCAGCGGGUUCUGGAGAACCGCUGAUCGACCCAGACCGGAAAGCAAUCAGUUUGAUUAGAAAUGAAUCAAUAGGUUUAUUUAACUCAGUGUUUAUUUCUGAUCAGAUUCAGGUUAAAGUUUAAUAUUAAACUAUAUUCAUGUUUCUAUUUUAUUCAUGAAUCUGAACAAACGUGAAAAACUGAGGAAAGUUUUACUGUGACUUUAUUAUAUACAAUGAAUUAAUAAUAACAAACUGUUUAAGUCUGUAUUAAAUAUAUUUGGAGGAAAAUGA